AUGCUAGACCACCUCGCCGCCGCCUCCUCCAUCCACCCGUCCGCUGCCAUCCUCGACAUGCUCUCCCACCUCUCCAGCAUCGUCGUCGAGCGGGUCGGGGAGAUGGAGGAUGCUACUUGCCCGCGCAGUGGAGGAAAAAACGAGUUUGUGCGCGGCGGGUAUCGGUCUAUUCCGUGGUGGCUGCUGAUCGUGCUCUCGCUCUUCGCGCUGCACAACGAGACUCUCAACAUCUACACGCACCUCAUCCCGUUCCUCAUCUGGCUCCCGUCCCUCCUGCGCUCGCUCCCGUCCCUCCUCCUCUCCUCCGCCUCCUCCCUCGCACAUUCCUCCGCCACCCUAUGA